GGCUGCUAGGCCCUACCGAGGGGCGGUCGCAUGCAGCUCCUAUGAGGCCCCUGCCGCCGGCCGGCGAUGUCCGCCUGGAGCUGCCCCCGCUGCCGCCGCCGCUCCCGCUGCAGGCAGUGAGCGGGUCUCCGGUCGGCUCGUCUGGGCGUCUCAUGGCCUCUAGCAAAUCCCUGGUGCCCGACCGGCUGCGCCUGCCGAUCUGUUUCCUGGGUGUCUUUGUCUGUUAUUUCUACUAUGGGAUCCUGCAGGAAAAAAUAACAAGAGGAAAAUAUGGGGAGGGAGCCAAACAGGAGACGUUCACUUUUGCCUUAACUUUGGUCUUCAUCCAGUGUGUGAUCAAUGCGGUGUUUGCCAAGAUCUUGAUCCAGUUUUUUGACACUGCCAGGGUGGACCGUACUCGGAGCUGGCUCUAUGCUGCCUGUUCUGUCUCCUAUCUGGGUGCCAUGGUCUCCAGCAAUUCAGCACUACAGUUUGUCAACUACCCCACUCAGGUCCUUGGUAAAUCCUGCAAGCCCAUCCCAGUCAUGCUCCUUGGGGUGACCCUCCUGAAGAAGAAGUAUCCCCUGGCCAAGUACCUCUGUGUGCUGCUAAUUGUGGUGGGCGUGGCCCUUUUCAUGUACAAACCUAAGAAAGUAGUUGGGAUGGAAGAACACAUGGUCGGCUAUGGAGAGCUGCUCCUGCUGUUGUCUCUGACCCUGGACGGACUGACUGGCGUUUCCCAGGACCACAUGCGGGCGCAUUACCAAACAGGCUCCAACCACAUGAUGUUGAACAUCAACCUUUGGUCCACGUUGCUGCUGGGAGCUGGAAUCGUGUUCACUGGGGAGCUCUGGGAGUUCUUGAGCUUCGCCGAAAGGUACCCAGCCGUCAUCUACAACAUCCUGCUCUUUGGCCUAACCAGUGCCCUGGGCCAGAGCUUCAUCUUCAUGACAGUUGUGUAUUUUGGCCCCCUGACCUGCUCCAUCAUCACCACGACCCGCAAGUUCUUCACGAUCUUGGCUUCUGUGAUCCUCUUUGCCAACCCCAUCAGCCGCAUGCAGUGGGUGGGCACCGUGCUUGUGUUCCUGGGUCUCGGGCUCGAUGCCAAGUUCGGGAAGGGAGCGAAGAAGACCUCUCACUAAGAAGAGAAACUACCUCCACUCUAGAAUGCUUGGGUUAACGUCCCCGGAAGCACCAGCUCCUGGGAAAGUGGACCCAGUAGUGAUACAGGACUGGGUUCCAGUCUUCUUCUUUUUUUUAAAUCAAAGGAAGCAAAAUCACAUAUU